GACCCGGUGGAGGAAGGAGAGGAAAUCAGUUGCCGAGCCGCGUUCCGACGGACAGGACGUGUGUAUCGUGUGAGCGACGUUUGUGCGCGCGAGUGACUGUGCGAGAGUGAGGACGAGGAUUUUGGAGCGAGUGACCGCCGCGGUCCGCGAGCGAUGGCGUGAGUGAUCAGUGCAGUGCAACAAGUCCACCCACCGCCGUGCAACAGGCGACAGCAGCAGUGCUACGCAGUGCGCUUUGGAUUACGUCCCGCUCGUCUGCCCACAACAUGCUGAUGGCUUCGUUGAGGGACCCGUACGCAGCGGCGGCCGCAGCGGGCGUGGGCAUGCUGGCCGCCAGUCAGCUGGCGCAGCUGAACCAGCUCAUGAUGCAGCAGCAGCAGCACGCCCACCAGCUGCAGCUGCAGCACCAGCACCAGCCCCACAGCACGUCGCCGUCGGGCACCCCGCUGCCCCUGGGCGGCCCGCCCCUCGGCCCGCCCCUUGGCCAGCCCCUUGGUCAACCCCUUGGUCAACCCCUUGGUCAACCCCUCGGCCAGCCCCUCGGCUCGCCCCCAGAGUGCCAGUCGCCGCCCAUCUCUAGGACGUACACGUACAAGAAGGUGACAAAACCGCUCCUGGAGCGCAAGCGUCGUGCCCGCAUCAACCGCUGCCUGGACGAGCUCAAGGAGCUGAUGGUGGGAGCGUUGGAGGCCGAGGGCGAGAACGUGAGCAAGUUGGAGAAGGCUGAUAUCUUGGAGCUGACGGUGCGCCACCUGCAGAGGAUCACUAGGCCCCGGGACGUUGCUGAGGAUGCGAGCCGAUUUCAGGCGGGCUUCAGUCAGUGCGCGAGUGAGGCGUGCCACUUUCUGCUGGGACUCCCCGGCCUGGACGCCGCGGUGGGGCGUCGCCUCGUCGCGCACCUCGGCCAGGUCGUGAACCAGGUGGGGCUUGGCGCGCUGGGCCAGGGCGCCGCCCCAGGAAUGGCGCCGCGUCCCGCCUCCACCACCUCCACCACGACGACGUACUCGCCCCCCGCGUCACCGGACCAGCAUCAAGGCCAUCCUGACGCUGACGUGCUGCAGCACAUGGCGCGCCAGCAGCACCUGCAGCAGGGCCCCGCCCCCGGAGACGCUGACGGAGAGGUGUCGUCGUCCACCUCGCGGGGCGGCACCAAGAGGUCCCGGUCUCGUCAUGGCCGAUCCGACAUGGACGACGACAGCGAGGAUGACGACGACGACCACGACUCGGACGCGCCUGUCAACUACACCUCGGAAGCGUUGCACAGGCAACAGAUGAAACGGCCUCGCUUUGACUUCCCCAUGGGCGCCUCCGCAUCGGGGGCGGGCACUGCGGCCUGCGCCCAGGUGUGGGUCAGCUCCAGCAAGGAGAGCCAAGGCAGCCAGAGCGGGAGCGAGGACGAGGAUAAGGGCCCAAUGUGGAGGCCGUGGUAGCGAGAGGUCAUUGGCUAAUGCCUAAUUCACGGUCGAAUUUCUUAUGCUAUACUGUGCUGUUUAGAAUCUUUAUGCUAUAUAGCUAAAGUUUUGUGUCGGUUGUUUUUUUUCUUGUGUUUUUUUUUUUUUUUUAAUUUGUUUAAGUCAGUUUGAAGUCUUAAGCUUAAAGUUUUUCACAAUAUAUAGAGACAGAAAUUCGAUACUAAACUCGGAAUAAGAUCGUGCGGAGGAAUGUGAUCUCAGAAAGUGGGGCAUAAUGGUGCAAACUUUUACGAGUGUUGCUGCUUAUAUGGACAUCUGGGAGAAAUGUUUACAUUAGAAAAAAUGUGUUGAAAUUGUGUUAUUCAAAUCCUGCCAAGUGAUCAAAAGGUCGUGUUUAAGAGUUACAUUCAUUCACUUUGGCUUUGUUACUUAUGUAUAGCAGUUGGAAAUCAAAAUCUUAUGUUUAUUUCUUUUCUUUACAUGAAGGGUUUAUGUUUUGUUACUUUUUAUAAUAUUUAACAGAUUUGUUCCAUUAGCUGUUCUCUGACCAAAAUUGCUUAUCUGUGAUAAAAUGAAAGCUUUAUGUAUUUUGGGUAAGUUUGUGUGUGAGAAAAACCUUUACCUUUCACUCUUAAUAAUUAUCAUUUGUUUAUAUUUCUAAAAUGUAUUAAGUGAUGUAGGUCUUUAAUGGCAUAAGUUUUUGUUUCAAAUGUGAAAACAUAUCAAUUAAUUAAUUAAUUGGUUGAGAGUUUUCUGAAGUAAUUCAAUUAGUAGGUUGUGUUAUUGCCCACUAUUUGUACAAAUAAAAGCCUGAUUACUCUUUCUAA